GCGGCGCUGCGAGGCGAGGGGCGUGGCCAGGCCGGGAAGAUUGGCACCCGGCUGCUGCCGGUCACAGUCCUUGGGCGCCAGCUCCCCUGCGCGUCACUUCAUCCCCCUGCGGUCUCGGUCUCUUUCCUGCCAGCUCCUGCUCGGCGGUGUCUGGCUCUGUCUCUGCAUUCGCGGGUUUCGUCGCCGCUUCCCUGUCUCCAACGCCCCAGCCCUGCUUCAGGCCCUCCUCCGAGACCCCACGGGAGAGCCCAGAGACACGUUGGAACCGAAGCCAUGGAAGAAGUGUCACCGUGUCCCAUCAACAGCACUCUGUUCCAGCAGGAAGACCAGAAAGGGAUCACCUACCGGAUCCCAGCCCUGCUCUAUAUCCCUCCCGUCCACACCUUCCUGGCCUUCGCAGAGAAGCGUUCCACAAGCAGAGACGUGGAUGCUCUCUACCUGGUGUUCAGGAGAGGGGUGAUGAAGGGCCUCUCUGUACAGUGGGGACCCCUGCAGCCACUGAUGGAAGCCACAUUACCUGGUCAUCGGACCAUGAACCCCUGCCCUGUGUGGGAGCAGAAUACUGGCCGUGUGUACCUGUUUUUCAUCUGUGUGCGGGACCACAUUACUGAGCAUCGGCAAAUUACGUUAGGCAAGAAUGCGGCUCGCCUGUGCUUCGUUUGCAGUCAGGACGCCGGGUGCUCGUGGGGUGAAGUGAAGGACUUGACUGAGGAGGUUGUUGGCUCAGAGCUGAAGCACUGGGCCACGUUUGCUGUGGGCCCAGGUCAUGGUAUCCAGCUGCAGUCAGGGAGGCUGGUCAUCCCUGCCUACGCCUACCAUUUCUCACGCUGGUUCCUCUGCUUUCCGUGUUCGGUCAAGCCCCAUUCCCUGAUGAUCUACAGUGAUGACUUAGGAGUCACGUGGCAGCAUGGCAAGCUCAUUGGGCCUCAGGUGACAGGCGAGUGCCAAGUGGCCGAAGUGACUGGGAGGGCAGGUAACCUGGUGCUCUACUGCAGUGCCCGGACACCAAACAGAUUCCGAGCAGAAUCAUUUAGCACUGAUUGCGGUGACUGCUUUCAGAAACCAACUCUGAACCCACAGCUCCAUGAGCCCCGCACUGGCUGCCAAGGCAGUGUAGUGAGCUUCCGGCCCUUGAAGAUGCCCUACUCACAAGACCCAAGUGGUAAAGAUGCUCCCACUACCCAGAAGCACCCUCUGCUGGACAGUUCUCUGGAGCUGGAGGGAGGCGGUGGAACACCAUCACCAACAUGGCUCUUGUACUCACAUCCAGCUAGCAAGAGGCGGAGAAUCAACCUGGGCAUCUACUACAACAGGAACCCCUUGGAGGUGACCUGCUGGUCCCGCCCCUGGAUCUUGCACUGUGGGCCCUCUGGCUACUCUGAUCUGGCUGUUGUGGAAGAACAGGGCUUAUUUGCAUGUUUGUUUGAGUGUGGGAAGGAACAUGAGUGUGAGCAGAUUGCUUUUCGUCUGUUUUCAAGCCGAGAGGUCCUGAGCCGUGAAGACUAAACCAGCCCUAGUAGGAACUAAAGCCAAAGCAAGACUGAUGGGUGAGGACCCAACUUUCCACAGGAGGAAAUGGCAGCGACAGCCGGGAUAACAGGUCACUGAUGUCUACAGAAAACCCCAAAAAUGAAUAUUUUGCUCCUUGUAUUUUUUCACUGUUCCCUUUCCAAUGAGCCUAGAGAAAAUGGUGCCUUAUCUUACACAGCAAUAAGGCUGUUGAACUGGGAGUUUGGAGACCAUGAUGUGGUUUGGGCCCUGCAGUUGACUUGCUUUAGGACUGUGGAUGUAUCGCCUGACUCUCUGGGCAUCAGGUCUCCAUUUGUAAAAUGUGAAGGUUGAUUUGUGAUUUCUUGUCUUCCCAUUAAGAGAAGAGACAAGAAAUUACUCCCUGUCCCGCAAACCCUGGAUUCUGAUCUUGAAUGAAAGCCAGAGACUUAUCUUUUUCAAAUGACUCAUUGCUAACCUGAGUAUGAGGUGGCAUACAGGUGCUUUAGCCAGAAGAAAGAUCUGCAUUGUUCAAUUUUUAAUAAGGAAAAUGCCCUUAUCCUUCUAAUCACGCCCAGAGCUCUGCAGGUUCUCUAUCCCGGAAGAACUAAGUGAGAGAGCAGAAGUGUGAAGCUGGGGCUUUCCCCAGCAUGGCUGCUAUGUUCAGCCUCCCCUUCCGAAUCCAGAGAACAUUUCCCAGGGAGAAAAACGAGAAACCCAUGCCAGCCGCCCUUGAUAAUGGUGCUUAUUGCUCUUGAUGCCAUGGCCUGCGUUAAAGAUGAGUCAUGGCAGCUCACAACCGUCUAUAACUCCAGUUCUAGAGGAUCCAAUCCCCUCCUCUGACCUCUGUAGGUACUGCAUACACAUGGUACACAUACAGGCAAAGGCGUGCGCGCGCACACGCACACACACACACACACACACACACACACACGCACGCACGCACGCACGCACGCACGCACGCAAAACACCCAUACCCAGUUCUCUUGAUCCUUGGCCCACCUCCAUUUUUGGCUCUCCGUUGUUUACUAAGGAUGGUUACAAGGCAGCCUGGUGUGCAGACCUUCAGGAUGAGGUGAAAGGGAUGAAUGCAGAUUUACUUCCCUUCACUUUUAUGUGAAGCCCCCUGCCAGGGAAGACCUCUCUCCGGCCAGGGAAGACCUCUCUCCGGUGGGAAGUAAAGAGCAGCCAGGGCCCAAGGGUGACCAGGGCAGGUGACGAGGGAGGGGUGCAGUUGGGGAAAGGGAGAGGGUGAAAAGAGAACACUCUGAGGUAGGAACUCAUUGGAGAGCCCAGAUUUCCUCACACUGUACUAGAUUAGAGUAGGCACAGUGGCUUGUAGCAUGAAUCUUUAAAGUUCUAUUAAUAAAAUCAAACCUGAGCCAGGUAUUGGGGUGAACACUGGAAGAUCAGAGAGACAGAACAAGACACAGCUAACCUCACCUGGCCAACUUCU